AUGGCGUUCAAGACGUUAGAAAAGAAACCAAGUCUUGCGGAAGUACUGGACGAAUUACAAAGUCGUUUCCUUGUAAAUCUUCCUGAGUCUGAACUGGUCUCUAGUGAACGUCUUUUUUUCCAGAUUGAACAAUGUUAUUGGUUCUAUGAAGAUUUUUAUGCGGAUCAAUAUGCCCAUUUACAACAUGUCAAAUUAAAUGAUUUUGCUCGUCAAAUGUUUGCUCAUUGUCCUCUCUUACAACCACUUGCACAUUGUUGUGAUGACUUAUUUCAAGAUUUUAAAACCUAUCAACGUCAAGUGCCAGUAGUCGGCUGUAUCUUGUUGAAUUCAAAACGUACAAAGCUUGUACUUGUACGUAAUUGGAAAGGAACAAGCUGGACAUUUCCUAGAGGAAAAGUAAAUGAAGGAGAAUCCGAUUUGGAUUGUGCACGACGAGAAGUUGCAGAAGAAUGUGGAUAUGAUGUGGGAAAUCAUCUUGAACCGAAACAACAUUUGGAGUUUGUAGCGAAUGAUCAACGCAUGCGGAUGUAUAUUUGCCCUGAUGUACCAGAAGAUUAUGCAUUUGCACCGCAAACACGUAAAGAAAUUAGUACAAUUCAAUGGUUUACUUUUGAUGGACUGCCGAAGAAAACAUGGAGUGUCAUGCCGUUUAUGCCGAGACUAAAACGAUGGGUCAAGGGACACAAAAUAACCAAGAAGAAGGGAUGUCGUGCUGGUAUAAGCAGCACAGGACGUGCAGCUUCUGUACCACGCAACCGACCGCUCACGUCGAGCGUGAAUGAUGUGGUUCAGAAAAGUCGCGAGGACAUUUUGAAUAAGAAGAAGACGCAUCGACAGGAGAGAUCGAUUUCAACUCCACAUAAUAUCAGACCAGCUGCUGGAAACAUAAAGACGGCUAACCGUGGUCACUUUGGUACAGAAUUUGACACAGCCACAUUCUAUGAUGGCUUGAAUGGCGAAACAUUUGGCAACGCAGAGAAGGGUUUUAGCGUGGACGAUAUGUUUAGUGUGAAUGAGCGUUUGACGGGGCGGAAGUUUGAGUAUGAUGGCAAUCCACAUGAUUUUGGCAAAUCGACAUUACAUUCAUCUGCAACACGAGCAGUAGCUCCAAUAUUUAAUCCAAAGGGCCCGAAGCCGGUCCAGAUUCUUACGCGACGUUCGUCAGCGCCGUUGAAAAGCGUGGAAGAGGAGAAAUGUCCAUCACCUGGUCCGUUGCGUCAAUCUGCAGCUUCAUCACCAUUUGGGUAUUUCCAGUUUGAUGCCGUCGACAUCAUGGCUGUCGUGACAUAA